GAAAGUUGAGACAACACGCGUUCUCGAGGUGCGAUAAGAGUUGGUUUAUAGUAGCGAAUUGUUCCGUAUGCGAAAAAAAUGACAUGAAAGAUUUGAGUUACUGAAUAAUUCUGUGGACCAUUGAUAAUCUCGAUUUCGGCGGUAUUCUAGAAAUUUGAAAAGAUGCGUUUUUUCGUCUUUUUGUGUUCGUUGGUGAUUUACUGCAAAUUUUCGGUAGCGGAGCCUACCACGAUACGUUACGUGUACAACUCCUCGGACCUAUCGUACUACUCAAAUGGUAUACAAUUCCCUGCUCCUGAAAACGAUCUCAUGAAUCCCAUUGUAGGGGAACUUGAGGAACGACAUAAGCAUCCAGAUAUGCUAUGGUUGCGGGAUUUGUAUGACCACCAUAAAUGGGACGGGUAUGCCACAAAGAUGAACAACACCAGAUGCAAACAGGACCUGCUAACCUACAUUAAGGAGCUCUAUAAUGGAACUUCCUGGGCGACCAAAAUUUAUGAUGCUGCCGGCAGAUAUUAUGGGCAAUUCUUCUUUGGACAUGACUAUUGGCUUGGAUCACAUACCCUUUGUCAGGAAUUAUCCAACAGUGAGAGUAACUCCGAGAUUCCACCCUUCCCCCUGAAAUUUUAUAUGACUAAGUUGAGAGUCAACAUAAAUAGGAAACUUACACCAGUGACGAGACAGCUCAAUAUUGGCGAAUGUAUACCUGCAUCAUGCACCACUAACGAUCUCAAGAUUCUGUUCUCCCAAGAACCGAAACAAGGAGCUUCAAUCAAUAUUAUAGAUAUCAGACCCGUUCCCGGAGACUAUUCAUUGUUGAAUGAUGUGAAAUUUACUAUUGUAGGAGGUACCGCCUUCGCUGUUGGAAUCCUCAUGCUGAUAGCAUCCAUCGUAGAUUUAUUCUUGAAAAGCAAAAAUAAGGUUAAGAAAGACGAACCGGAUUCUGAAAAUAACAACUCGAGUCCAGGAGGUUUGAAAGGGAGUAGAGAGUUUGUUAUCAAUAGGAAUAAGAGGACAAAUAAUUAUAUGGUCAAACUGUUGCUUGCUUUUUCUGCCGUUGAAAAUGGAAAGAAAAUUCUUAAUGUUGAGCACAUUUCCAAAAAUGCUCUAACUUGCGUUCACGGACUGAGAUUCUUUUCUAUUCUUUGGAUAAUUCUAGUACAUACAUACUUGGAAAUUUUCAGCGUGGCUGGGAAUAAAAAUUUGAGGAUAUUAACCGAAAGGACUUUUCUCUAUCAAACUAUAUCGAAUGCUUCUUUUUCUGUAGACACCUUCUUUUUCAUAAGUGGACUUUUGGUGACUAUAACUUAUUUUAGAGCUGAAGCCAAAAAGGAAAAACAGACCAAAGAUGAAAACACGUGCCAUAUAAUUAGGACGAAUACAGGAAAAUUUUCUAUGAUGAUAUUUUACAGGUUCUUUCGUUUGACACCAGCCUAUAUGUUCGUACUAGGAGUUAACGAACUCAUCUUGAGAUAUUUACACAACAGUUCUGUAUUUUCACCAGCGAUUAUUGACCACAUAACAUGCAGCGAAUAUUGGUGGAGAAAUGCUCUGUAUAUUAAUAACUUUUUCCCACAAUCGGAAUUCUGUAUGUUGUGGUCAUGGUACAUAGCGAACGAUACGCAAUUUUAUAUAAUUGCAUCAAUACUUUUACUCAUAGGAGUGCGGAGCAAUCGUCAUUUGAAGGCUGCAGCAUGCUUAAUAGGGGUGUUCCUAGUUGCAUCAUGGGUGACAACAUUCGUGAUCGCCAUGAAGUAUGAUUAUGUAGCAAGAGUUGAAGAACCUUUUACUCUGUUCGAUCUGUUGUAUGAUAAACCUUGGUUGCGGAUAGGGCCCUACUUGGUUGGAAUGAUUAUAGGAUACUAUCUAUUCAAAGUUGACUGCAAAAUCAAAAUGAGAAUUCCAGUUGUAGCUUCCGGCUGGUUAUUGUCUCUUGGUUGUUUGGCAGUUCUUGUAUAUGGCCUGGGAAGAAAGGGUUUAGUUGUUCCUGCUUCCGCAUUCUAUGCAUCCUUAGGACACACCGCUUGGGGUUUAGCACUGGCUUGGAUCACAGUGGCCUGUGUGGCAGGGUAUGGAGGACCAUUAAAUUCCCUUCUCAGCUGUAAACUUCUUAUACCACUCAGUCGACUAACAUACUGUGCAUAUCUCAUCCAUCCGGUAUUGAUGUGCCUGACGAGUUUUUUGCUAGAUGGUCCCAUUCACCUUCACAAUGCUUUCGCAAUGGUCAUAUUUUGUGGCAAUGCUGUAAUCUCUUUCUUAUGUGCUUUUGUAAUUUCUUUGGCUUUCGAAGCACCAGUUGUGAAUUUACUGAAAUUAAUUUUGUGAGUGAAAAUUGAACAAAGAAUUAUUUAAGUUUAGAACAAUAUACCCAAAAGACUACAUAUAUAGAUUAAGUAUAUAAGUUAGGUACUGUAAAUAAAAUUGUUAUUUUUGA